ACGUCGGGAGCGGGGACCGGAGCGGCUGGUGGGAGUCGGGCGGGACGGCAGCGUGGAGAUGGAGCUGCUGCGAACCAUCGCCUACCCGCCGGGCGGCGGUGGCGGAGCCUCCAGCGCUACCGCUGCUGCCAGGGGCUGCGAAGCUGCCGUGGGGAGGGCCGGCAGUGCCGAGCCGCGUAGAAAAAAAGCGGAGGAGCAGCCCCACCAGCACGCGCACCCUGCCGCCGAGGUGUCCCGGAUUAUAACCGACCCCACGACUGGGAAGCGCUACUGCCGCGGAAAGGUGCUCGGAAAGGGUGGAUUCGCCAAAUGCUAUGAGAUGACAGAUUUGACAACAAAUAAAGUUUAUGCUGCAAAAAUCAUUCCUCACAGCAGAGUAGCAAAACCUCAUCAAAGGGAAAAGAUUGAUAAAGAGAUUGAGUUGCACAGAAUGCUUAAUCAUAGGCAUGUUGUGCAGUUCUACCACUACUUUGAAGACAGAGAAAAUAUUUACAUUCUUCUGGAGUACUGCAGUAGAAGGUCAAUGGCUCACAUCUUGAAAGCACGGAAGGUAUUGACAGAACCAGAAGUACGAUACUACCUCAGGCAGAUUGUGUCAGGGCUGAAGUAUCUUCAUGAACAGGAAAUCUUGCAUAGGGAUCUUAAACUAGGUAACUUCUUCAUUAAUGAGAACAUGGAACUGAAACUGGGAGACUUCGGCUUGGCAGCUAGGCUGGAACCACUGGAACACAGGAGGAGAACAAUAUGUGGCACACCAAAUUACCUCUCUCCAGAAGUCCUCAAUAAGCAAGGGCAUGGCUGUGAAUCUGACAUCUGGGCCUUAGGCUGUGUAAUGUACACAAUGCUGUUGGGAAGACCCCCAUUUGAGACCACAAAUCUUAAAGAAACAUACAGAUGUAUAAGGGAAGCAAGAUACAGUCUGCCUUCAUCUCUCUUGGCACCUGCAAAACACUUAAUAGCUAGCAUGCUGUCGAAGAAUCCUGAAGACCGGCCCAGUUUAGAUGAAAUAAUUCGACAUGAUUUUUUCGUGCAGGGCUUUACACCUGACAGACUUUCUGCUAGCUGUUGUCACACUGUUCCUGACUUUCAUUUGUCAAGUCCUGCUAAAAAUUUCUUCAAAAAAGCAGCUGCUGCUCUUUUUGGUGGUAAAAAGGAUAAAGCCAGAUACUUUGAAAAUCAUAAUAGACUAGCUAAAGAAGAUGAAGAAAUUUACAAGCUCAGGCAUGACUUGAAGAAGGCAUCGAUAACCCAGCAGCCCCACAAACACAGAACAGAUGAGGAGAUCCAGCCCCUAAUCACAACAGUAGCCAAGCCAGGAGCAGUACCAGAAACAAAGCAGAUUGGAGACUCUAUUCGGAUGAUUGUCAGAGGAACUUUAGGAAGCUGUAGCAGUAGCAGUGAAUGCCUGGAAGACAGUACAAUGGGAAGUGUUGCAGAUACAGUUGCACGGGUAUUGCGUGGAUGUCUGGAGAACAUGCCAGAAGCAGACAGUAUUCCCAAAGAGCAGCUGACAACGUCCUUCCAAUGGGUUACAAAAUGGGUGGACUACUCUAAUAAGUAUGGCUUUGGGUACCAGUUGUCAGAUCAUACUGUCGGUGUCCUUUUCAACAAUGGAGCACAUAUGAGCCUUCUGCCAGAUAAAAAGACAGUCCACUACUAUGCUGAGCUAGGCCAGUGCUCUGUCUUCACAGCUGCAGAGGCUCCUGAACAGUUCAUUAGUCAAGUGACUAUACUGAAGUAUUUCUCUCACUACAUGGAAGAGAACCUCAUGGAUGGAGGAGACUUGCCUAGCCUAACAGAUGUACGCAGGCCCAGGCUUUACCUCCUACAGUGGCUUAAAUCUGAUAAAGCACUGAUGAUGCUCUUUAAUGAUGGCACAUUUCAAGUGAACUUCUAUCACGAUCACACAAAAAUCAUCAUUUGCAAUCAGAGCGAGGAGUAUCUCCUUACUUACAUCAAUGAAGACAGGAUAUCGACAACUUUUCGUCUGACAACUCUUCUGGUUUCAGGAUGCUCACUGGAACUAAAGCAUAGAAUGGAAUAUGCUCUGAACAUGCUACUGCAGCGAUGUAACUGAAGGGACUGACUCUGUUAAACCAUACGGACCCUCUUGUUCACUGUGAAAUCUACAGUGGGGAUAUUGAAGCAACUAGUAUGUUGAUAAUGGGGAUAUGUGGUGGUACGAAAACCUGCCUGUCAUAGUGUGCUGGGCACACUUCUGUUACAGAUGCCUGAACCUACUGUUGGACUAAAAUGGUGUGACAAGGAGUUCUUCGGACCAUAGUUUUCCUUGCUUCAUGUGUGUGUGUUAAAGAUAUUUUUGACUUGAUUUCUAAUCAGAGUGUGACAUCUUGCUCCCCUGUAAGAGAGCAUUUUUGAUGGAGUUAAACUGUGAAUAUGCAUCUGGAAAGGGAGGGAAGGGUGAGAUCCAUGGUUAUGGAAUAGCUGUAAUAAGCAGUCUGGCUGCUUAACUGAACUAUGGCCAUAUUUUUUUUUUUUUUUUUUCCCAGAAACUACCCACACUUGUGGCUGGCAAAGUGCAUUCCUUGUUAAUAAUUUUUUUUAUUUAUUACAGCCCAAAGUGAAGUAUUUAUUACACUAAUUUUUUUUUUUUUUUUGGACCUUGAUAUUUUGAAUAUAAUUCUGUUGGAAAUAAAGUGAAUCGGAAAACU